AUGUUGGAGUCCUAUAUAACUCCAAUUCUUAUGAGUUAUGUGGAUAAAUACAUAAAGAAUUUGAAACCAAGUGACUUGAAUUUAUCUCUCUGGGGAGGCGACGUGUCACUGACGAAUUUGGAACUAAAUCUUCACGCACUUGAGAAGGUAGGUGAUGGCUGUGGGUCAGUGUAGGUGAAAGAUAUGUAGCUUCAUGGCAAGUCAAACAAACAAUUGAUGAGCUCACCAGACAGCAGACUCGUCACUAUAAAGUAACUAACUAGACACUAUUAAUGGUCGUUUUUAUACACGCGUAAAAAUCUCACAUCUUGUGGAGUUGUGGCAAGUGUGCCAACAUGCUGUCAACAAGUUGUAUUCGCACUGCUUCCAACAAUUUUGUAACAAGCUGUUAACAACCUGUAACAACCUUGUUGAUAUUAUCGGGUUCGUUGCAAGGUUGUUCCAACAAGUCCGAUACAGUCAUCAUGUAACAAAAUUGUUUAAUUGUUACAACCUUGUGUGCUCAACCUUUUAACAUUCUUGUUAUAUCAUGACUGUAUCAGACCUGUUAGAAAAGCCUUGUAACAAGCUUGUUGAUAUUAUCAGAUUUGUAGCAAGGUUGUUCGAACAAGUCCAAUACAGUCAUGAUAUAACAAUGGGUCAUUCCAGAAAACAUCCAUACCACCCCCACGGAGGAAAUAGGAAGUUAACCCCCUUCGGAUGUCCUAAUACAUUUACUAAAUAAAUUAUCAUAAACAAUUUUUUCUCCCCUCCCCCUCCAGGUGGCAGAAAUUUCCUCUGUGGGGGGGAGUAUGGGUCUUUUCUGGAACAACCCAAUAUUGUUACAACCAUAUGUCGUCAACCUUGUAACAUUAGACAGAUUUAGAUCGCGGUCGUCAAAGAUGACGCCAAAAUGGUGUGGCAUAUCCAUACACAUGGGUACAACACGCUAUUUUCACGUCGUCUUUGACAUCCACGUCCUCAAUCUAAAUCUGUCUAUUCUUGUUAUAUCAUGACUGUAUUAGACUUGUCAGAACAACCUUGUAACAAGUCUGAUAAUUCCAUCAAGCUUGUUACAAGUUGUUAACAGCUUGUUCCAAACUUGUUACAACAACUGGAAACAAGCAGUUGGGACACAACUUGUCAACAGCUUGUGAACAGAUUAAUUAAGUCUGCAGACAACUUGUUUGCAGAUUUGUAACAGCUUGUGUGUUUUACGUGUAUUGUUUGAAUGUAAUCAAGUGCGGGGUGGCAAGCAAAAUGGUGAAGUGGAAAACGGGUUUGAGUUGUCAAAGUCUUACUGCUUUCAUUUGCAAGCAAGUUAAUUUUGGCUUGGAAAUAAAUAUGAAUGACACAAAUGAUUAAAUAUCUUCACAACACUUACUGUUCAGAAUUACUAUUGUGCUGAUAUUAAUUUGUGUCAUUCAGACUUAUUUCCAACCCAAACUGAACUGAACGUCAUCGGACAUCAUCAUGCAUAUUAAGUAUAUAUGUCCGACUUGAAGUCAUAAAACAUUUUGUCAGACGACCCUGUAAAAGAUAUUUUAAAGUGCCUAUGCAACAAAAUUUUUACCUUAUUUUUUAUUGUUUUUCUAAAAAGUACUGCUGGAAUGAUGAAAAAUGAUUUUUACAGUUUAUUUGUAUCUUAUCUCAUUCCCAAGUUAUUGCACUUUCUAUAUUUUGAGUUGUGACGUCACAAGUAUGACUCAAGAUAAUGGAAAUAACAAGAAAGUAUGAUAUCUUGGUGACCGUUUAAUAAAAUUCAAUGAAACUUGGCACACUUAGUGGGUGCAACAAAGUCAAUAGUUUGGCUUGUUUAUAUGGUUGUUAUGACAACACACUCCUGCCCAGUCCCUUCUCUUCCAAUUUCUAUAUGAUCCAUUUCCAACGAAAUAAAUAGCAAUUUCUGCAAUUUUCGCUUAUUACUAUAAUAUGUGUAGGUAUUGUAAUCAGUUUGAACCAUUAUAAAAUGAAAACAUCCUCUGCAAGAGGUCUACAGGUGGAAAUUUGUGAAAAGGAAGAGAAGAGACUGGGGACUAGUGUGUUGCCAUGACGACCAUAUGACCUGCCAAGAAUAUUCAUACGGGUGCACCCACUAAGUGUACCAAGUUUCAUUGAAUUUUAUUAAAUACUCACCAAGAUAUCAGACUUUCUUGUUAUUGCCUAAACCUCAAGUCAAACUUGUGACGUCACAACUCAAAAUAUAGAAAGUGUGAUCACUUGAGAAUGAGAUGAGAUAUGAAGAAACUGUAAACGUCAUUCUUCAUCAUUCCAACAGUACUUUUAAAAAAAAUAAAAAAUGAGGUAAAAAUUUCGUUGCAUAGGCACUUUAAGGCCUAGUGAACAGGGGUCGAAAUUAAAAUUUUUUUGUACUAUACAGCCGGAAUUAUAGUAGAUUUUUAUAUUUACUAUUCCGUCUGAAAAUCCACUAUUCCUUAAUGUACUGUUUCUGAGAGCCUGUUCAUGCAGGGUCCGCGCUAAUGUUCUGAUUUUCGUGAAAUCAUCAUUGAGACUCCUAAAGUAAACAGAAUAAUUGAAUAACAAAAAAUAAACAUGUACAGGGCUUGAACAAUUUAUUAUUAAAAAAACAAAGUUCAAACACCGAAAUGAACUUGCGAACUUUGUUGCGAAGUUCGCAACCCAAUUCCGUAAUUGGCAAGUUCGCAACAACCUUGGGAACCGCGCGUUGAAAAGUAAUUUGAAAUCAACAAUAAUAUUGGUGCAAAGAAAUUAGAAUAUGCAAGUAUUGCAAGCGAACCGAGUAUUACGAAGUGGAACAGUGGCUCAAUGUCCGGUAUAAAGUGAUAUAUUAUACAAGAGGAAAACUCUUGCUUGUCGAUAUUUGGUACCACAUUUUGUACUAUACAAACGGAAUACUGUGAUCAUGAAGUUUGCUAUUCCGUCAGGCAUUUUAGUACUGUAUAUUCGAAAUAGCGGGAAUUUCGAGCCCUGGUGAAUUUCAAAGUGAAACAGUAUCGGUCAUUGGUAUUAUCUGUUGCCAUUCCUGUGCAUUGUUACAUGUCUCAUAAACUUUAUUUCAUUCCCAGGAACUCAAUUUUCCUGUCACGUUCCUGAGCGGGAAAAUCCACGAACUACACAUACACGUACCAUGGACCAAACUCUACUACGAACCAGCCGUCAUUACAAUCAACACCAUCGAAUGCAUCCUAAAACUGCAAGAAAACAACUUUACUGCCGAGGGCGUUGAAGAAGCCACCGAAAUCCAACAGGCCGACAUCAAACCAACUUCGGACACAACUGCCCCGCAAACUGAAAACGAAAAGACCCUUCCCCCUGGAUAUGUUCAAAGUUUGUUAAAUAAAGUUAUUUAUAAUUUGACAGUGAAAGUCAACAACUUUAUACUAAAAUAUGUUGAAGACGAUAUUGUUUUGUCCAUUAAUGUAAAAUCAGCCGAAUUUCACAGCGCAAACGAAAAUUGGGUUAAAGCCUUUGUAGACGUAGCUGCUCCAAAUUGGAUACUUCAUAAAAUGUGUAAUAUAUCUGACCUGACCGUGUGCUUAGAUAGACGAAACGCUAGCGGGAUUAUAGAAAUGUAUCAGGACCCGUUGGCAUACAAAUGUAACUUAUCUUGCAGAGUGCAAGUUUAUUACGAUAAAGAAGGCUUUCAUUUGCCGCUGGAGAAGAAUUUAAGUGUUUAUUGUGAAUGUUUGGAAGUUUCUAUAACGGACCAACAGUUGCCGCUGCUUUUAAGGUUGCUUAAAUUAGGGCUGAGUCUGUAUUACGGUACCCUGGAUCUUCCAGGCUGCGAGCCGUUGCCUCAUUAUGCAAAAGAAAUAAUCGACAAGAAAGGCCAAAAUUUAAACUCUAGUAUUAUCAGUCAAUUACCAAGCACAUUUGGUGUUGAAAAUGACACUGAGCUCUCAGAAACCGGAUGGUUAUCAUGGGCAUAUUCUAUGGUCCCAGGUUUAGCCGCUGACCAAAAGACACCAGAUGCGUCACUAAUUCCUCUCGUCUCAAUAUUCGGAGUCUAUAUUUCCCAGGCUACUUUGAGUUUCAAGAUAACCGAGCCAAUCAGUGAAGGGAAUUUUCUGGGUGCUCAAAGGUUUCUUUUUAAACCAAUCCUGACUCUCGAGGCGUCCGGUGUUGCACAAGAGAUGAUUACUAAAGGGAGCUCGUUCUUUGAUUUUCAAAUGGGAGUGACCUCAAUCACUGGAUGGUUGGUCGAUGCAUGUGUUUGUAAGAAUGAAGAGAAAGUAUUGGGUGAAGAUGACGGUGGAAACGCAAGAGAACCCGAG